CACGAAUUUGUUCGGUCUAUCAUACAAGUCAUGCAACGACAUCGAAGGCCAAUGCUGGCACCCAUACAGGUCAAUGACCUCAACUACAUGCCAGUCCUUUCGCCCACGCAUCCAGCCAAGCCAGUCCAACGACCAGCGCCCGUCAAACCGACUCGAGCGGUGCCUGCCAUCCCCUCACGCCAAGGCUCGACUUCCCGGAAUCCGAGACCGUUCUUUCUUCGAUGGAAGCGCAAAUCGAGCUCCGAGGUCCCACUCGAGCUCGAAUCACAAGCUCGCUCACGGGGCAAACUCACGAAGUCCAAGAAGAACUCGAUCAGCGCACGAGACGACUGCACGCUGCUGCCGUGUUCUUCGCUGACGUUGACGCUGCCGAAGAGCAACAGCCUCGGAUUGCUUAGCCUGACGGAUCUGAGUGGACCGCCAUCCGUGGGCAGGAGAUCUCCUUCGCUCGCUAUGACCGAAUGGGAGGAUGAACUCUUUGCACUGUACAUCUACGAACCUGUCGAUGCUACUGAGCCAGUCUUGGCCGAUGACGAAGAGGAAGAGACACCUUCAGAGACUGCGCCCUCACUCCGAUCAUCUCACACUGCUUCUGCCAGCCCGACUUCAUCCUUCUCGCUCUCAUCAGAGGAUGUAUCCCGCUCACUCUACUUCUCGCCCAUGACGAUCUAUACGCCCGAAGAGCACGAGCACAAGACCUCGCAUGACGUUCAAUCGGUCAUUGCUUCGUUGGACGAGGUCGUCUAUCAGCAACGCAUUAGCGAACUCGAUCUAGGUGCCUCUCCCGUCUACGAGCUACUCGAUCCCACCGGCGCACAGCCAGGUAGGCUGUUACACCCAAGUAGCGACGACAAGCUGAUCUUGACCCGAUGGACAGAAACAGUGCUAAGCCGUCCGAGCUCCUUGCGACGCCCAUUGCCGCCCACACCUGCUGUCGUCACAACGACGGAGGCGGAGAAGCAAGAAGACAAGGCGGAGGCUCUGCCAGAGCCCGUCUCGCUCUGGACGAUCUAUCGACCACUUCCCGCUAUGCCUGCCGUCAUCGCCCCACCUGCUGUAUCUGCGCCGCCUGCUGUGAGCACGCCAGAAGCAAUCACCAAGACCGAAGCAACUGGCACGCUUUCCCCACUCACAGGCGCCGCAGAGCUCUUUGUCGUCAAUCCGGACAGACCCGCUUCACCUGUCGACAGUGUAGCAGCAGAAGAGAAGCGUGUCAAACGCGCUAGCGAUCUGUUCACCGCUGCAAUCUACGAAGACCAUCCUAUCGAAGUCUUUCAUCCAGCUCUCGCUGCUCAAGUCUGUCGGACGCCCACACCCCGCUUUGCUCCCGUGACGAUCUGGCCGGAAGAGGUCAUUGUCGAAGAAGGCGAAGUCGAGCCACGUCAUUUCGAGAGAUCGACAAUGCGCAGACGGUUCCGUCGCAAGCGUCACUUCGUACCCAGCCUGCUGCCCAUCCGAGAACCAGUCAUUCGUCCCAUGUCGAGCAUGACCUGCCGAACCGCAGACACGACGCUGGUCGAUCUUCGCGAGACUGCCGCACGUGAGUUACGUUCGAACGGUAUGCCGUCGGAUGCCGUUCUGGUGGCUAUCGAGUCAAAUCUGGCCUCGCGUCGCUCAUCUGCUUCUUCUGUCGGUGCGGAGGCUGACGAGGGCGAUGUGACGCCUACUCAGACCAGAUCGAGAUCGUCCUCUGCUCCUCCUCAAAUGCGCGCACCGCUCGAUGCGAUCGCAAUCUAUUCGCCCGCUUCGUCCGAUUCCACCCAUUCGACGACGGGCUCAGAUCCUCAAGAGAACCAAGCCAGAGAGCGACAACUCGCCGCCAUCGCCGCUCGGUUUCGUUCGAGAGGCCCAUCGAGCUCGGCAGACGUCUACGAAGCGUUUGACCGUCUGACGAGCCCGGGAUACCCCAAUGCAAUCUAAGUAACGACCGCUCACGAAGUUGUCUGUUGAUGUCCAAUACAAUCAUACACGGGGUAAACCAAUCUGUUGUUCAUCAGCACAUCUAUGCAAUACACGCAGCCUGCUGUACCUAGCU